UGCUGGUGAUGGCGGCGCCCGCGGCCGCGCUCCGCGCCUGGGGCGAGGCUGUGGCGCGGGCCGCGGCGGCGGCGCGGGCGGCGGUGGCAGCCGCGGCCCCGCUGCUGGGCUCGCUGGCCGCGCUGGCGGCGCAGGUGCGGGCGCUGCGGCGGCUGCCGUGGCACUCCACGCCGCUCGGCGCCUUCCCGGACCUGCGGGCGCGCCUGUGGCUGAAGCAGCGCGGCGCGGCCGAGGCGCUGCUGGAGCAGCUGGGCGAGCGGCGGGAGGAGCUCCGGGCCGUGCGGGACGCCGUGGGGGCCGCGGGCAGCGCGGUGCUGCGGCUCCUGGAGGAGCGGGGCCCGGCCGAGCUGUGGCUGGCGGCGCUUCUGCAGCGCGGUCCGCGCUGCCCCUCGCUGGCCGACGUGUUGGAGGGGCUGCAGGACGUGGAACGCUACUACCGGCAUCUGUACUUGGAGAUUAAACUGCUCCUGCAGCGUCUCAGCUUGGACAGCCUGGCUGACAUGGAAGCCCUCCCGCAGUCCUGGGAGAGGAUUUUGGAGCGUUACAAGGACGACGUUGUUCAAGAUACACUCCUGAAGGUCUCGCUGUUUGUGGAGAACCAUCACGAGGUGAGCUGCUCACCUGGCUCCUGACAGGCAACAGGGACUGGCACCCACCAGCUCCUGGCAUGUUCUGCGAUGCUGCAAAGGGGAUGAGGAGUUGAGGGAGCUCUCCUGGUGCUUUUUUGGAAGCUGAAUGGGUUGAGUCUUGCCCUCAGCAUGAAAUGCUUGAACUGUACCAUUUUCAAGUGGAAAUGGCCAUGGCCUCUGAAGAAGAGGCUGAGCUGAAAAAGCCCUGAGGAUAGAAGGGAGUCACCUCCAGCUGGGAACUUGUCCUUUCCCUCUUCUGACAUGCAUGUCUUGUGUCAUGGUAAAAACUUUGGUAGGUACUUAUGUGAGGUGCUGCAGAUGUGUGAGUGUAAUAGAGUCCUUCAGGCUGGUGCCAUGGAAGAUAUUUGGGCCCUGUCCUUACAAAUAAAAAAAACAUGUCAGACUGGGGUUUAGAGACAGUGGUCACCUCAUGUCUUUGAGCAGUGUGUAUGCAUUCAUUCCACCUGGGCGUGGAGGAGGAAGGAAAUAAAUCUGGCUUGAAGAUGUAACUAUGGAGGUGCACAAUGCCGAGUCCUGACACGGGCACUUUUCAAGGGUGUUGCAGAACACUGCUCUGUUACCACAGAGCAGUCUUUAAAUCAGUCUUAAAAUAUCACUGGUAGCCACUGCUGACAGCUCAGGGACACCUUUUGUUAGCCAUGGCACUGAUCCUCUGAACGUGCCUGGGAAGCAGUGGGGUGUUUGCCUCUCUGUUAUGUAUGGGAAGAAAUGAUGAUGUCUGACUCCAGUUCAGAAGGCUGAUUUCUUUAUUAUAACUAUACUAUAAUACAUUAAUAUACUAUUUAGAGGAGAUACUAAAACUACCAAACUACUUUUUCUAACUACCAUAGCUAACUCACAACUUAUGACCCUCUCUUGCGAGUCCAGACCCAGGUGGAUUGGAUUGGCCAUCAGGCUUAAACAAUCCUCACCACAAUCCAAUCAAGCAAUCACCCCAGGUAAACAAUUCUCCAAACACAUGCCACAUAGGAAAAACAAGGAGCAGAAAUAGAAAUUGUUUCCUCUUUCUGCGCUCCUCUGUGCAAAAAUCCUGAGCGAGAGAAGAAUGUGCCUGCCACAGUAAGGAGCUGCAGCUUCUCAGAGCCAGUAAAGAACUGCAUGGCACACUGGGUUUGGAGCAUGGCUGAUGGCUCCGUGGGGGUGAAAAACCCAGCACAAACCAGUUUCCAGCCCUAGAGAAUUCACCCUAGGGUGGAUCAGGGGUGUCAUCCUUGCUCAGGCCUUAGUGGGUCAUCCUCGCAAACCCCUAGGUCAUGGUGAGCUUGCAUGCAGGAUUCUCUUUGCAUGUGUGCAUGCUGUACAGCUCUUCAACACCCCUCUUCUGUCAGCCUCUCUUCAGGACAGCUGCCCAAUGAACAAAUGGAUUUAAAUUCUGGAAGAUGUUCAGCACAGUUCAGUGGUGGCCCUUCUUCUUCUCCCAGAUGUUUGGCCCCUGAUGUCUGUCUUUGUGCUAACAACAGCCCUGCUAAAAGUGCUGAGGGAGCUUUCUGUAUUGAAAGUGGCCAUGCCCUGACUCUGACUGAAAUGGGGUGAAGGAGGUGCUCAUUGAAGUUGUGGUGUGAUUAAUUGCUCUGUGCUCUUCUGGUUGAUGGGCCGUGUCAUCAGUUGCAUUUGUCUGCAGCGUUCUGCGGGGUGCGAGCGAGUCUCUGCAUCAGAACGCUCUAAUUGGGAUCAGCUGUGGCCUUGUUCCAUUGCAGAUCUGCAUCUUCUGUCAGGAUGGCUGCCAGGGACCCCAUUGCUAAGGAGGACACGGUUCCUCGUGUGUGCAGCCCUCCCUUCAGCUGGCAUUUGCCCUGGAGUCACUGGGGGUUCAGGGGUUUCCCAUGAACAAAGCCAAGCUGGGCAUUUGUCAGGGUCAGCUUAGCAAGACCCCAGCAGUGUGAAAGUCCUUUUUUCCCCAGCCUGGCUGCUGAAGAAAAGGUCUGGAAUGUGUGAAGCCGAGUUUUCAAGGUUGUUUAUUUUUCCUCAUCUAGAAUAGUUUCUCUCUGACCUGCCGAGGUCUGGCUAGUAUAGAAUCCAUGGCAGUCUCCCCUGAGUCCCAGGCAUCUCUCACAUUAUAUACCCAAAAUUAUGUGUACCAUAUUUACAGUUCCCGUACCAAUACCUAAAAUCUAUGUUGGACAGUGUGUCCCUAUCCUAGACCAAUAAAAAAGUGUCACUAUCACACUGAGACAUGGAGGGCAAGGAGAACAAGAAGGUUAGGACACGCCCAAGUCCCUCCAUCUUGUCCUUUGAAUUACAUUCAAAAAAAUCCCAAAAUUCUACUUUUCUACCCUGUGUCAAUUCCUCCAUUACACUACUCAAACCCUUUUGGCUUGUAAUUCCUCAUAUAAGGUUGGCAGCCUCUCCCAUGGGCUAAAAUCAAAGCCACAGCUGUUUUUGACUUGCUGCCAAGGCUCCUGAGCCCUUUGCCAGGGUCUCGAGGCAUCUGGGGCAGCCAGAGGGAUGCUCUGGACUCUGACAGGCAUUCAGCCUUCAUCACGUGUGUCAGCAGGCAGGUGGAAAGGCCACUGCUGCUCCUCCUUGCUUGCCAGCCUGCAGGGCUGAGUCAGACCCCUGCUCACAGCACAGGGAUGUCUCUGGGUGCCAGAUUUCAGCACCUUCCCAAGUACUGGGGCAGGAGGGAGGUGAGGGAGAGCAGCAGCUGCUGCUCCAGCUGCCUGCAGAGCCAAAUGUAGGGUCAGGGUGAUGCCUUUUCCUUGGUCCUAAAAUUAAAAGCCAGAUACAGCUAAGGGAUAAAAAGGUUUUUAUUUUGGUAUUUAUAAGGAUCCUUAUGGUGCAACACUUCAUCAAGGUGGAGUAUGCUGAAAUGUACACCUGAGGGAUUGUGUGUACAAUUUUAUAGAUUUUGUAAAUUAGUAUAUCUAAUAAAUAUGCUUCAAUGACAUGCUUGAAUGAACAGCGUGACAUUUUCUCUUCUCAAAGUAUUCCCUCUUAGAUAGGCUUAAUAUUAGUUUACAGGAUGUAUUUUAGAUGGGACCUUGGUUUUUCAAGAUAGCAUAGGGCCUUCCAUCUUCCAUCCACAAGGCCUUUAGGAUGUUUGGUAUUCUGACUUAAAAGAAUACCAGGACUAUAUUAAGUUAUCAGACUUAAGGAAUUCCAAGUAUGUAUUCUAAGAGCACUGAAAAUACAUAAAAAAAUCUAGAAAAGAUAUAUAAAAUAUAUAUAAAAGAAAAGGCAAACAUGCAACAUGGCAUCAAGGGGCUCCAGCCUGUGCAGUGCCUUAGUGAGGUUAUGGGUAAGGCAGCACUAAGGGCUCCGAGAUCAACUGGUAAAAUAUAUGUAACCAUAAAAAUAAAUCCAAGUACCUUUAUUUUUGGAGUAGAGCUCUUAAAGUAUUCUUGCACAGAGAUCUGUCUUUGAGGAAUGCAAUAAAAUGCAGUUAGCAGCUGGAGCUACCUUGUUAAAGGAAAAUUGUCAGGAAACACAAAGCUCACACUUUGAUUUUCAGCUUUACCUCCUGCUAACUCCAUUGGAAAACACUUAUUCUUCACUUACAGGAAAAGCACAAGCUAAAUUCAGUUACUGAAUUCAAAUGCCCACCAACAUUUAAAAGGAGCACCUGACUUGUGCAUGGUUUGUUUUCUUCCCAUAGAGGUGAGCACUGGCUGCUGGUGCAGCAGGGCCUUUGCAGUCCUGCUUAGAAAGGGGGACCUGCUCUGGGUAACACCAGACUUCCAAACUAAGCCCAAAGGCUUUGCUUCAGCAUAAGCUCGUGGAUUUGAAACAGAUUUCAAAACUAAGUGUAUUACAAGAGCCCACAGUUAUGGAAAAGAGAGAGGAUUUGGCACCUGAAGUGUAAAGUGCCUCGGAGGCAGAAAUAUGUGAUAAAAAGCUUUGUGAUUAAUUUAAUAAACCAAGUAUGGGUUUCACAAGUC